AUGUACAUCGUGACCGACUUCAGCGCCAGCUGCCAUUGCGACUUUGGUUACGUGUCGUAUGACAACUGUAGACUACCACUGGUGAACUUGGCCAUUGCAUCCGCUAUUCUGCUCCUCGUCUCCUUCAUUGCUCUUGCUCUACGAAAAUACAACACGAGAAGCCAGCAACUCAAGCUCAAGGAGAGAGAGCUGCAGGACAAACACAAGAGUAUGCGACUGUAUCAGAAGAAGCUAGACCAGAUCAACAUCGGAGCAAGAAUACGCUGGUCAUCGCUGAACCUCACCAAGAAACUGGCCAGGGGAGCAUUCUCGCUAGUGUGGCAAGCCGAGUUCAGCGACAUGUUAGUAGCUGUGAAAGUACUCCCCAAAUAUACUGGUAGAAAUACCUCGCAGACAGACCAGUUCGUCCAGGAAGCUGAAGUCCUGCGUUCAAUUCGUCACCCCAACAUCGUCAUCUUCUUGGGAGCUGGAACAAAUCAUUCCAGCAAAAGACCGUUUAUCUUGAUGGAGUACUUGCGGCGAGGUUCUCUCCACAAUGUUCUCCACGAUAGCGGGAACGUGUUCACACACCACGAUCAUCUUAGAUUUGCCCUGGAUACAGCCCGAGGUAUGACAUACCUGCACGAAUCCAACCCACCACGUCUGCACCGAGACCUGAAAUCUCCCAACCUUCUAGUCAAGUGGGUGGUGAAAAUCGGCGAUCUUGGCAACUCGCGAUUUAUGGCCAUUCUGGAUGAGGAGAAGGCAACAGGAGCGAACAGCACCAGUGCUAGUGCCGCUCAAACUGCCGUGACGCAGUCAUCAAACACGACCGCGGACGCGGAGUCCGUAGGCGAAAGCCCCAAGGAAAAUGUACUUAUCGAGGCUCCUUUUACCGGAGCAGUACUUGACAGACGUGAUUCCAAGAGCUCGCUUGCACUAUCAGGAUACCAGGAGACCAGUCUGUCAACGCCUCUACUCACGGAUGUCUCCACAAACCAUGGAGAGACGUAUCAGCGCUAUUCAGCAUCAGUGACGACUCGCGGAGUGGGGACUCUGCGCUGGAAAUCACCGGAGUCAGUACGUGGCGAGUAUUACAAUGAGAAAGCCGAUAUCUACAGCUAUGGGGUUGUGCUUUGGGAGAUCUUCACCAGGCAAACACCAUACGGACAUCUGAAGCGUGAGACAGACGUGGAGAAGGCAAUAGAGAAUGGUCACGAGCUGCCUAUUCCGCCGGGUAUGCCCUAUGACUAUCGUCAUAUGGUCGAGGCCUGCUUGAGACCAGAAGCGGCCAACCGUCCAUGCUUCAGUGAUAUCCUCCAUGAUCUGGAAGUUCAACAAGUGAAUGCUUGAUAAUAUUAUUCUGAUCUCUCAGUUCCUGCAACACGCCUUCUCUCGAGCUGGGCUGUUUUCGGUUAACCCGAGCCCCGAUUACCGGAAGGUGUGAGCAUGUACAUGUACCGGUACAUGUAUGCAUGUGUGGUGCAUGUGCUAUGCAUCUGGUGUGAAUAAAGUUGGAAAGAGACUUACCACGCAUCAUCAGGGUGAUUUUGAUCAUCUUUGAA